GGUAAAUCAACGGCACAUCUGGUAAAUGCACGUAUAGAGUAGACCUAAUGAUAAACUAUCAGAAGUAUUGUGUCCAGUAGCGUUCAGAAUGGCGGAUGAGAAGAGUCCCUUGGACGUAGAGUCCGGCGAUGUUCCCGACUGGUUGAAUUCCGGGUAUUUUGAGCAGUUAUUGAGACGGAAGAAAGAGGACUCAACUAUCAGGGUGCAAUCACUGGAUGUGAAGUAUGCAAUCCCGAGGGGGGAGAACUUUGUCAGUGUGAUAUAUCGAGUUCAAGUUGUGUUCGAUACGAAGAAUCAACUGGCGGUCAAUCGGAGUUACAUUGUAAAAGGGAUUUCCUCAUCGGAGUUUACGGUUAAAAAACUUGGUGAGGGUAGCUACAACGUUUACGAAAAGGAGAUGGACGUCUACGAGAGGAUAAUUCCGGAGCUCAAUCGUCUGGCCAGAUCACUUGGAGAGCGUUCAGAGUUGUAUCCUUCAACGUUAGCAAUCGAUCGAGAUAACAAUGUGAUAAUCUUCGAUGAUCUGACACGAAAGGGUUUCGUCAUGGGAGAUAGAACUGUCGGGUUGGAUCGAAUACAGCUUGAAAUGUCGUAUAAAUUAAUGGCCAUAAUGCAUGCGAGUUCGUUGAAACUGGCCGAGAUGCAGCCCACGGUUUUCGAUGGGUACACUACGGGGAUGAUCACUCGUGAUACGGAUGCUUUUUAUGUAUUUUAUUAUUCUACCUUGGAUGUUCUGGCGGAUGAGAUCAGUACAUGGGAUCCGAAAUGGCACUAUUAUGCAAACAAGAUACGAAAGCUUCGCCCACACUUCAUAGAACAAGGAAUAUCUGUGUAUGAACAAAAACACGAAGAUGAUCUACGGGUGUUUGUCCAUGGCGAUCUAUGGAUUAACAACAUGAUGUUCAAAUAUGACUCCGAUGGAAUACCAACUGAUGUUGUGCUGCUGGAUUUCCAGUUCUGCUGUUAUACCACUCCAGUUGUUGAUUUGUGCUUUCUGUUCUUCUGCUCUGCAAAUGAUGAACUUAGGCAAACGUAUUUCGAAGAACUCAUGCAAUACUAUUACAAUCAUUUAGCGAACUACACCAAAGGACUAGGGUGUUCCAAAAAGUUCCCAACUUAUCAUCAAUUUCAAAGGCAGCUUCUCAGCAAGUUAUUCUACGCUGUCUUUUGCAGUUUCAUUUGCUUGCCGGUGCAAAUCAACGAGGACUCGACGGAUGCUGACUUUGAAGCUGUGCUGGGAAAUGAUGAAAAGUCGGCCCGAUAUCGGCGAACCAUCAUGGCCAACAAGCGGUACCAUAGGAUCCUCAAGGGACUGCUGCCGUUCUUCGACCGGAAAGGGUUGCUGGACAAGUUGGAAAUCAGUUCUGUUAAGCACUCUCGCGUGAGCCGGUUUGAAGUGCCGUUGCAUUCGCCAGCUUCGGCGCAGUUGUGUUUAGAAAACCCAAGUGUAGAGAUGGCCACCACGGAUGAUGUGCCCAACGAGAUCGUCCGCAGCUGGAUCAACGUCGAGUAUUUUACAAAAGUGCUGAAGGCACAUUUUGGAGAGGAGGUCAAAGUGUUGGGUUAUGCCCUGGAGCACGGAGCACCGAAGGGUCAAAAUUUUAUGAGUUCGAUUAUACGCGCCAAAGUGACCUACUGCAGCAGUGGUCAGAACGAACGAAACGAACGGAGCACAAUUUCGGUAAUUUUGAAAACCGGUUUGGAGUCGCCGGACCUGGCCGAAAGUGUUCAGUACGUGUUUGAGGUUGAAAAAGAUGUUUACGGAAUAAUUAUGCGCGAGAUAAGGCAGUUGCUAGAGAGCAGUGGGGAUUGCGGCAGUCUCUUUGGACCAAAGUUGAUUUAUGAGGAUGACGAUGCACUUGUGCUGGAAGAUUUGUCCGAGCAGGGCUUCAGACAGCCUGACCGCCGAUCGAGGCUGGACCUGGAUCACUGCAAGUUGUUGAUGCUCAAAUUGGCCAAAUUUCACGCUGCCACAGCUGUUUUGAGCCGGAAGAAUCGCAACCUGUUUGAAUUGCACAUGACGAGUGGAUUCUACGACGAGCAGAACCCAAUUCGAAAGUACUACCAAAACUGCGUCAAAGAGUGCACCUCACUGGCGGCUACAAUCCCCGACCUUGCCAACUAUGAAGAUUUCUUCGUUGAUCUCGAAUGCAGCGUAAUUGAGCGUGAAUGCAGUACCUAUUACCGUGACGAGGACGCCUUCAACGUACUUAACCACGGUGAUCUAUGGCUGAACAAUGUUCUCUGGAAGUACGACACGGAGGGAAAAGUGAUUGAUCUGUCCCUCAUCGACUACCAGGAGUGUUUCUUCGGAUCGCCAGGAAUCGAUCUAAACCACUUUCUCUACACUUCGGCCAACAACGACGUCCAGCGUAACGGAUUUGAUGAACUGGUGCAAAUCUACGUCACCGAACUGCGAUCAUCCCUUGAAGCGUUCAUGUACGACGCCCCUUUGCCGACGCUGGAAACGAUCCAGCACGAAAUGCAUAAAAAACGUGAUCACGCUCUGGUCAUGACGACCUGCAUCGUCCCGGCGUUGAUAAUCGAGCGGACGGAAUUGGCCACACCGGCGAACAUGCUCGACGACAGUGAGGAAGCGCUGCAGGCACGGCGGGAAGUUUUCACCAAUCCAAAGUUUGUGGAAAUUUUAAAGUUUCUGCUGCCCAAGUUUGCAGGGGAGGACUAAAGAUUUUCUUUUCUUUCUGAUACAUUUUUAAACUCUUGAUUUUGUAUGCAUUUAAAUAAACGUGAUCAAAAGCA